AUGAAAUACUUUAAAUAGAAAGUAUUAUUCAGUAAUAAAUAUUGCCAUGACUAAAAUACAAUUUUUAAAUUUUAUAUUAAAAGUACUUUCAAUUACUACUUCAUUAAAAAAAUAAAUUUAGAGCAAGCAGAGUUGCAAUACAAAAAAUGGUUGACAUUAAAAGGCAUAUAAGAUGAAAAUGAUAUAUUGACUAAUACUAAGUACAAUAGAUUUAUAUCAAAUAUGGAAUUUUCAGAGAUAAUUUUUAGUUUUUAUGGGCAUGGUUAGGAUCCUUAGGAAGAUAUCAAGUAUAAUGUUUUGAUGCAAUUAGAUUUUAUUUAUACUAAUUUAAAUAAGUUAUUAAUUGAAAAAAUGAGUGAAAGCAAACUUCUCCUUAAACAAAAUCCUCAAACCAUUAUUGAACUCCUUGAAAAAUUUUAUUAGUAUUUUGAUGAAAAGAUUGUAGGAUAUAUCAAAAAAGAAAAAUUAAUAUUCCUUUAUUUUUCUUUAGUUGAAGCAAAUUUGCUUAAGAAGCCGUUAAAUAAUAAAUAAAUUUAAAGCCAAUUAAUGAAUCUGAGUCAAGAAUUUUAAGAAUAUGAAGGAAAAAUCUCUAUGAGAUAUUUUAAGCUUUUCUUUUACAACAAGCGACUUAUUAGUCAAAAUAUAGUAUUUGAGCUGAUUAAGUCUGUUGAAAAGUAGAUAUUAUUUUUUAUACCUUUUAAAUAAAAGGCAAAUUAGAUAAUAGAUAACUUAAAUCAUUAACAACAAUCUAGAUCAAAUUCAUAAAUGUAGUUUAGAUAAAGCAUAAAUAAAGGAGACUAAAGUCAUUUUAUUAGAAAUUAAACAGGUUAGAAUCACUUUUAGCAAAAUGAAGAUUAAAAAUUUUAAAAUAUAGCUCAAAACAAUAUACAUUAAAAUGCAAAUAAUCAAAAUUAAAAUUAAAUGGAGUAUAAUACAGACUUUCUCCAAUAAUUUCCUAGUAUUUUCGAUUUAAGUUUUUGUAAAGCUUAUUAAUUAGUGUAAGAAAGAUAAAAUAUUGAAGACUUAUAGAAUAUACUUAACCAAAGUCCAAUAGCAAAGUCUAUUUAUUAUUGUCUAAAUGAUAACUACUCUGCAAUUAUGUAUUGGAUUAAAACUAAUGAUAUUUAAGUUACUGAUAAGCAAUUAAAGUCUUAAAUUUAUUCUAUUUAUAAAUAAAAUUAUAUGGCAACAUUCCUAAACGUUGAAGGCUAGUUCCCAAAGACUUAUUAGCAAUUCGUUAACUCGAUAAUUUUUAAUUUUAUAUAAUUAUAUUAGAAUUUUGAAAAAGAAAUCAUUUAAUAUUAUCUAACAGGUGGAUUUUUAAAUAUAUAAACACCAACUCAUUCUUAAGCAGAUUAAUAUUUACUAGAUAAUUUGAACAAAAAUAAUAUAAACUAAAUGAAAUAAAAUAAAUCUCGUUCUUCUAGUCCUUAAAAUUUUAACAAAAUUUCUCCACAGAAUCGAGGUAGUUAAACUUAUUAAUAAGAACAUUAUAAGAGAUUUUCAUAAAGCGAUACUAAAAAUAAUCAAACAAAUAUUAACUAAUUUAGAUAUUCAAUUAAAAACCAUACUCUCAAAAAUUUCACUAAUCCAACUGAAUAAAAAGAAUCUAUGACAUACAGAGAAAGCACCUAAUACUCUCCAGUUAGAGACUAUAUUAAUCAUAACAGACAAACAACAAAAAUUGAUCCUAAGCAACUAAAUUUAAAGCUAAAGUUGAAAUACAAGGAACAGUAUAUUUAUCAAAAGCUGGAUAAAUCUAAAAGUUCUGAAAAAAUAAAGAAAACAAGCUCAUCAAUAAAUAUAAAUUAAGUCUAGGCAUCUCAUAGAGUUAAUUCAAAUAGCCCCAGUAGUAAUUUUUAGUACAGCAAUAAUGGUGUUUCAAAUAUUAAAUCCAUCCUUAAUUCCCAUAGAAGAAUUAAUCAUUUAAGCUCUUAUUAGCAAACUCAAACAAAUGUAUCUCCUUAUAGAUAGGCUACAAACUUAAAAAAUCAAUUUGUUUAAGUAGCACCUUUUAAUAAUUAAAACUAAACUUAAUCUUAUAACAUUUAUAAUUAAGAAAAUAAUUUUCCCAUAUAAAAUUAUCAAGAUAAAAAUUAGAACCAAUUUGGAAGUAACUAUUAUAACUUUUUAGAACAAUAAAAUAAUUAAAUAAUAAAAGUAGAUUCUGAUUUACAGUAUUCUAAUUUUACUAAUGAAUAUUAUAACUUCUCCUUCUCUCCUUAAAAAGGAUAGUAAGAUUAAUAAAUUUAAACAUUUAAUAGCUUUUAAUGA